AUGUUAGCCAUUUUCCAAAAUACUCGAAUCCCGAAUGCGACACAUUCAUCUUACAAACUGGAUUGGAUGGGCCUCAACAGCAAAAAAUGCCUUGAGUUAUUAAAGACUGAAGGCAUAGAAGGCGGCAAAGUAGUAGAAAAUACACUUUUACUUACAUCGUUAUUGGAAAAUGCUCUAGCCAAUGUAUAUUACACGGAAACUAAUGGCAGACAACCACCUCACUUGCUAAGGGAUCUUAUUUGUACCCAGGAGAUAAGGAAGGUUCUUGGUGAAGAUAUGGUAAUUUUACUGAAAAUACUAAUGGGAUCACCAAAUUCUAUUAAUAUACGCAAUGUUGUGUGGCAUGGCUUUCCGAAACCUUACGAAAUUCCUGAUUACUAUGAGAAGGUUCUUUUAACACUCAUCCAUACCAUAGGUUGCCAAAUCUAUGAUUAUAAAUAUUCGAUUAAAGAACGACCUUUGGUAAAGGAUUUUUUCCAACCUCUGCAAUACAUAGAUAAUGGAAUAAAACAAAAAAUUAAGGAUAUAAACAAAUUCAAGGAAAACAUUGAACAAAUUGAUAAUGAAUUUGCCAAAGAGUAUAGCCAGUAUUGGUUUAAAUUGUGCACAUAUUAUCAAGAUGAACAAUAUAUUGAAUUCAUAAUAUUAAUAUUACCACAAAUUGAACUGUUACUUAGACUGCAUUAUGGAUACAUCAAUAAUGUGGAUAUUAAUGCGAAAUUGGAUGAAUACUAUAUUACAAUGGACACAGUAUUUGAAACCGAAACAAUAUCUCAAAACAAUGACACCGACAAAGAUUGCAACUUGAAUAAAAUAUUGGAUUUCAAUUUAUAUCCGCAAUUUGAAGGCACAUUUCACCUGAUUUAUGACAUAUUUUUAAGUCCAAAUGGUUGUCGUUUAAGAGAUAAAGUUAGCCAUGGUGAAGUGGAUUUGUCGGCUCUAAAUAAUUCUCAACUGGCUUCUGUGGUACUACAUAUAUUUCUAUGUUUAUUAAAACCCUUAAAUUACACUAAUUUAAAUGAUUACGAAAGCAAAUUACAUUUAAAUGGAAUAAAUAAAAAACUAAUACAAGAAUAUCACAAAAAACUGCAGAUGUUUAAAAUCGAUAUUUUGCAAAAUGAAAGCGAAAUAACUCUCCAAGAGGCAAUCAUAACAAAUUUGUCGUGCCGAAGAGUUUCAAUAUUUCAAAGGCCUCACAAAGAAUCUGAACUUAUGCUGCUCAUCAAAAUGACAUUGGAAAAUAUCGGUGGCACACUUGAUAACUACAGGGAAGCAAUUGCAAUACGUUCAACACAAUUAGCACAACGAGAACUACACUCAAAGAGAAGAAAAACAUUGGAGAAAUUACAAAAUUCCUUACCACAAAUUUACAGCACGCUUUCUCAAAUGUUCGAAUCUUUAAACAAAUUAUUUAAUUUACUGCAAAAUGAUCAUCAAGUGGUAUUGAAUGAAGGGGAUAAAUUAGCUAAAACUUUGAGAUAUCUAAAACAUUCGAGGACAAUAUCGGAAAAUUUUGUCAAAUAUUCACAUUACGAAAGCAACGAAUGGAUUAAAUCUUUGGAUUUAUGUCGCAAAUUUGAAGAAUUCUAUAAUAAAUUAUAUUUAUAUGAACAUAGCUGA